CAGGUGUUAGAGACAGCUCCAGAAGUCAUGGAGAACCGGAGGAAGAGAAGGCGGCCUAGGUGGUUCGCUGAGUACACUGAAAUGAAGAAGAAGGCUAGGGCUACUUCGACACUCGUGAAUGCGGACCCACUUAGAGUGGUUGAUCGGAAGCUGCUCAAGACUUUUCACAAUUGGGUACUCGGCCAGAUUGGGAACAAUUACCCGAGAGAGUGCUUCACCGGUCGAUACCAUUCGUCUUGGUUCCUCGAACUGCAUACUCCGAAAUUUUGGCUUGGGAACGAUCAUUUGGAUGCGGCAUUCCAUUUGAUGAGGAGGCGGCAACACUUUUAUCCCGAGUCCUACCCGAAUAGAUGUGUCAUAAUGCCGUGUAUUUUCCCAGCAGGAGUUAUUGCUCGGUGGGAAGCUGCGGGUGAUGAGCAGGCUAACUAUCAGUGGGACGAGGGCAUAUUAGAUUUGAUUCGAGGGGAUGAAAGUCAGAUCUUGGCCAGUUGGAAGAACAAGGAGAGAAUAUAUAUGGCCCUCUACUUCGAUGGAGCAAAGCAUUGGGUGGCAUUAGAGAUAGAUCUGGAUCAUUGGUUGUUGAACAUAUUUAACUCCAGCCUCGGAUCGAUUUCCCCGAACGAAUUGAACCGUCACACAGCAAUGUGGGAAAAAUUACUACCAAAUUUCUUCUUUGCAGGCUGGCCUAUUCGAGAGUCAUGA